AUGGAGGUCCAUCUGUACGUCUACGACCUGUCACAGGGCCUCGCCCGUCAAUUCUCUCAAGCCUUGACCGGCAUUCACAUCGACGCCAUCUAUCACACGGCGAUUGUCUUCAAUAACGUCGAGUACUUCUUCGGCCAGGGCAUUCACCGAAAAGUCCCUGGUUCAACCCACCAUGGCCGUCCGAUGAAAAUCGUGAGUCUGGGCCAGACGCAACUACCCCUCGAUGUCAUCGAGGAGUACGUCGAGUCGCUAGAGACAAUCUACACGCCCGAAUCGUAUGAUUUAUUCCUGCACAAUUGCAACAACUUCACGCAAGACCUCGCCAUGUUUCUCGUGGGCAAGAGUAUCCCCGACGAAAUUCGAAGUCUCCCACAGACAUUCUUGAAUACUCCCAUCGGCCAGAUGCUGCGAGGCCAGAUUGAUGAGUCGAUGAGAACCAUGACCCAGGCCCCCGAUGCCGUUGCAGGCCAAAAUGCUGGCCGCACCCAGUCGGCUGCGCAGAAAACCUCGAAGGCCAACCACAACGACGCUUUAUCCUCUUCAUUAGUCAACGCAUCAUCGCACACGCUCAUCACUCCCGUCAUUAUCAAUGCACAACCACCUGCAGACAGUCCGGGCAAGGUCCAUAGCAUCACUAGUGUUUCUGAAUUGGACUCCCUGCUGUCCUCGGCCUCACACUCUUGCGCUGUGAUAUUCUUCACUUCGGCGACAUGCCCUCCCUGUAAAAUCGUCUAUCCUACCUAUGACGACUUGGCCGCCGAAGCAGGCACGCUUUCCGGCGCAAAGUUGAUCAAGAUUGACAUUUCGGCGUCCACUUACGCACAUGCAGUCGCACAACGAUAUCGUAUCCGGGCGACACCGACAUUUAUCACGUUCCUCAGGGGCCAGAAGCAGGAUGAAUGGGCUGGUGCGAACCCGGCACAACUGAAAGGCAAUGUCCAGUUAUUGUUGCAGAUGGCAAAGCCCCAGCAGCAUCAGCAUUCGAAAUUGAGGCUUCCGACAUUUCAACGUGUCUUCGAUGUACCGAUUCUCUACACGAAGACGCCGCCCUUAGAGAAGAUGCUUGGGAAACUGGGCAGAACGUUCUCAGAUGACCAGUCUGUGCAGGAUCUCGUGAGCUACAUCAAAAAGCGGGACGCAAAGGGUAUGACAGAAGCUGCACUCCCAGAUCUACAUGCCUUUAGCGAACACAUUACCUCGAUAUACCCAAGUCUUCCGAAAGAGAGUCUUUUUGCAGCUGUCGACUUGGUCCGCAUCGCUGCUGCUGAUCCCCGUGUGGCAAGUUUUCUUGCCGCUGAAAGCGCAAAUCGUACACUUUCAACACUCUUCAAAACCGUCCAAACCUUACACGGCGAUUUCACAAACGCGCCGUACAAAAUACAAUCCGUCACUCUCCAACUAGGGUGCAACUUAUUCUCCUCCAAUGUUUUCCAGGAGCAAGUCUUCAGCCCGCAGUCCUCGCCAUCUCCUUCGCCCAGCAGCAGCUUGAGAGAAAAGCUCGAAGAACUUGCGGCACAAUGUUUGUUAUCCCCACAUCUGAAUUCGAGGUCUUUGGCAGCGGUGUUAGUAUAUAACCUGGCGAGUUGGACGCACAAUGCAAGGAUGCACGCGCAUAGCUCCCCUUCUUCAUCUGCCGAAACACACUCGGAAGAACGAGGAGCAGUGGGCGACGACCUUGCCGCCGCUUUGCUCGAGAGCAUUUCAUCCCUGACAACCCUCACUCCCACCUCCACCACAACUCCUUCAGGAAGCGGCAAUCUCAAAGAAACGCUCCACGCGCUUCUGCUCACCCUUGGCGUGCUUCUCUACGCAGCCCCUGCGGGGGACAUGCUCUGGGAUCUGUGUCGGGCAAUGGACCUCACGGAUGUUCUGAAGGAGUUCGGGAAGCGUGACGACACCAAAGGCGAGAAGUUGUUGAAAGAAGUCGGGGAGGAGCUGCUGGGCCGAGGCGGAUUUUGA